AUGGCCUUGGCGGCUGCUGCUGAUCCUUUCUGCCUUAAGCCAAGGAUCUUCGCCCGAGCCGAGCUUCCCAGAGCAGCUCGUAAGCUCCAUGGCGCUACGGGAGCCCUGCCCGUGGCUGCAGCAGGCUUCGCCUGGGCCCAACUCCGCAGCGCACGGCGCUGCCAGCGGCCCCACAACGUGGUCGUGCGCUUCGCAGGGGAUGCAUUGCAGGAUGACAGGCAAGACGACGAGGAGGAUGUCUUGGAGGACGGUACGCUCAUGAAGCGCGUGGUGAAGCAAGCCCAGGAGGGAGCUCCAGGCCCGCUCAUGGGCGACGAGGUCACGGUGUCCUACACGACUGCUCUCUCGGAUGGCACCCGUGUGGAGUCCCUGGAGAGCGAAAAUGCAACCUUUAAGCUCGGUGCGGAGGAGGUCUUCCGGGGCUUCGACGAAGCCGUGGCAUCCAUGCGCCUCUGCCUUGCACCUUCAGGAGUCUUGAUCCUCCACAGGUGCUGGGGCGAGCGCGCCGUGUUCAGCGUGGCGCCGGACCUGGCUUUGGGCCAGGAUGGUUCGGACGAGGUGCCACCCAAUGCCACGCUAGUUAUUGACGUCGAGCUCUUGAGCUUCGUUGAAGUUGAGGAGGAAGACGAGAACGACUUCGACCUGGACGGCUUUGGGCGCAAGGAUCUGGGUCCUGGUGGCGAGGAUCCAAAUGGCAGGUACAUCUGGGAGCGCUGUGGCGAGGAGGUCCUGGUAACCCAUCGCCUGGCCGAGGGCCUUGGCAAAGCGGAUAUCCAACACGAGUUUAUGCCGGGCCGCAUCUUCAUGGCGGUGAAGGGUGAGGUGCUGUUUGCUGGCGAGCCAGGUUGUGAGAUCGACGAGGAGGAGUCGUUUUGGGAGAUCGAUGAAGAUGAGGAGGGCCAGGACCUCAAUUUCGGUGUGGCUCUGUGCUGGCAGCAAAAUGUGGUGCCAGGGCAUCAGUCGAGUUCUGCCCACUGA